GGAUCCACUGCGCUGGAUCCGAAACCCGAUAAACGAAACCCUAUAACCAGCUCGGCCUCCUCCGCCGGACCAUCUUACCGCAUUCUUCUCCACUAACCCUAGACUCCUCCGUGGCCGCUCCGGCGAUGACGUGAGAGAUGGGCUGCGUCAUCGGCAAGGCGGCGGCGGCGCCGUCGUCUCCGGCGAGGGAUGGCGGUCGGAACGAGAACCAUUCCGCCUCCAAGAUCGACGCUCCAAACCCCGACCAGAACCCCAACGCAAACCCCGACACCAUCGAUGAGAAACCCCAGAAACCCGCCGGCGAGCGGCGACGGCGACCUCGAGCUGAUCCCCGUCUGGGUAACCUCCCUAAGGCUGUUCACGGCGAGCAAGUCGCCGCUGGCUGGCCGGCCUGGCUCUCCGCUGUCGCUGGAGAAGCCAUCAAUGGUUGGACCCCUCGCCGAGCUGAUUCCUACGAGAAGCUCGACAAGAUCGGGCAAGGGACGUACAGCAACGUGUAUAAAGCUCGGGACACGCUGACGGGGAAAAUCGUGGCGUUGAAGAAGGUGCGGUUUGAUAAUUUGGAGCCGGAAAGUGUGAAGUUUAUGGCCCGGGAGAUCUUGAUUCUUCGGAAGUUGGAUCAUCCCAAUGUAGUAAAGCUUGAGGGUUUGGUUACUUCUCGGAUGUCUUGUAGUUUGUAUCUUGUUUUUGAGUAUAUGGAGCAUGAUCUUGCUGGUCUUGCUGCUAGUCCUGGGAUUAAAUUCACUGAGCCUCAGGUGAAGUGCUACAUGAAGCAGUUGCUAUCUGGGCUUGAGCAUUGCCAUACUCGGCAUGUGCUCCACCGUGAUAUCAAGGGCUCCAAUCUUUUGCUUGAUAAUACAGGGUUGCUAAAGAUUGCUGAUUUUGGGCUUGCUUCAUUCUUUGAUCCGGAUCAUAGGCAGCCGAUGACAAGCAGAGUGGUUACCCUCUGGUAUCGGCCUCCGGAGCUUCUUUUAGGUGCUACUUAUUAUGGAGUUGGUGUGGAUCUAUGGAGCGCUGGAUGCAUUCUGGCUGAGCUUUUGGCUGGGAAACCUAUUAUGCCUGGCCGAACUGAGGUGGAGCAGCUACAUAAGAUUUUCAAGCUUUGUGGUUCUCCUGCAGACGAAUAUUGGAAAAAGGCAAAGUUGCCUCAUGCUACAAUUUUCAAGCCCCAACAACCAUAUAAACGAUGCAUACAGGAAACAUUUAAAGAGUUUCCACCAUCAUCAUUGCCUUUAAUUGAAACUCUUCUUGCAAUUGACCCUGCUGAACGUCAAACUGCUUCCGCUGCGUUAGGGAGUGAAUUCUUUACCACUGAACCUUUUGCAUGUGAUCCCUCAAGUCUUCCAAAAUAUCCUCCAAGCAAAGAGAUGGAUGCUAAAAGAAGGGAUGAAGAAGCCAGGAGGCUAAGAGCCGCUGGUGGAAAAGGCCAUGGAGAUGGAGGAAAGAAGACUCGUCGUGAUCGUCCUGCUAGGGCAGCUCCCGUCCCAGAGGCUAAUGCUGAACUUCAAGCAAAUCUUGAUAGGAGGCGCCUUAUUUCUCAUGCAAAUGCAAAGUGCAAGAGUGAGAAGUUUCCACCUCCGCACCAAGAUGGUGCACUUGGCUUCCCUGUGGGUUCUUCGCAUUAUAUGGAUCCUCCAGGCUAUGAUCUUCCUGAUACUUCUUCUUUCAGCACUAUAUUUCCCUCCCAGAAAGGGGCAUCUCUCUCUACUUGGUCUGGGCCUUUAGUAGAUCCUGCUGGUGUUGGCCAUCCAAAGAGAAAGAAACAUUCGGCCAAGGAGAUUCAUAAAGACAAGACUAAUAUUCGGGCAAGAUAAACUUCAAAUGGUCAUCAUGCAAUCAAACAAGUAUAAUCCUCCACUGACCACACAGCCAGGAUUUGUUUCUUGAGGUGCAUUAUUAGUCUGUAAACUUCGGAAGCAACUUUACUACACAGGUAAAAUCUUGUGUAUUAAGUUAUUCUUUCUUGUUUCAUUCUCAAUCCCUUGGCUGUUCAAUGAUUUUUUUGACGGUGCGCUUUGGUAUAUAGGCUGGAGAAGAAGCUUCCAUUACCAUGUAUAUUUGAUUCUCUUUUUCUCUUUCCUCUUUUACUGUCUGUAUUGAGACUGAAUGCUGGCUUAGAUUAGUUGAGACAAAUAAAUAGUUUUGAAUCCA